AUGCGCUGGUUCUUUGUCAAGCCGUAUGUGCGCUGGGAGCCGGACAAACUGCUGCACUACCCUGAGGUGUCGCACGUCGACGGCAAACGCAUAGACUGGCUCUACACAGAACCGAAGAGCAGGUACGAUGCGGUGGACAUUUACGGCCCCAACACCAUUGAGCUCCGCAACCUACCGAUGGGCAGGACGCCUGAAUACUUGCAGGAAAGACUUAGGCGAUUCUUCUCAAAGUUCGGCACCAUCACCUUCUGUAGAUGCAUGCCGCAUGAUCUAGAUCCGUACCAGUGUAACGGCACAGGGUAUGUCACCUUUCGGAGCAAGGAGGCCUCGGUCGCAGCCGCAAGUGCCAACCUGGUCUUUCCCUACGCGCUGCACAGCAAAAUUAUCGCAAUAAGGCACCUAGACACGGACAAAACGAACGACCCGGACUAUGUGCACAAACAGAGGCAUUAUAUCAAACAAACUGUAGAUAUCGCAAGACAACUUUACAGCAAGCUCACAAGACAGGGACCGUGUACGCUGCGUGACGUAUCCACAGGAAUAUACGAGCGCAACUUCUACUCCGGCAAGUGGCACAAAGCCGGGUUAUCCGUGCUAAUGCGCUUUGGUGCGUGGUCAGACUUCCUCAAGAGCAAUGGGCUAAACGGAAUGUUCGACGUCAGUGAUGGGAGAGUAACGCUUAGAUUAAAAUGCGAUGGUACUGCUGAAAAAACGCUGCAUAUGCUAUUCAUUCAGCAGUCCCGGGCACUAGAGGAUGAGUUAACAGUGCACUGGCGGGAGGGUCGAAUGCCGCUGCCGCCCGAAGUACAGAGUGAAGUAGAUGAGCUAUACCACCUUAAACCCCUGCCAGUGCAUCUUCAACUGCUUUCGAGGAGCCAGACCGUGUACCGGAUUCAUGACGAACGGCACAUGUUCAAAAUACAGCUCAAACAAAAGAGGAACGAAGCCCGACGGUUGGCUCGUGCUGCCAAAAAGCCUGUACAUAUUGAAUCAUAG